AUGAUCUCUGCAAUUAUCGCGGAAAUGGCUUGGAUCUUCACGAAAAGCAGCGAACGCAUUCCCAAGCUUGUUCCUCUCCCUCCACUCUUCAACGACACGCCUGAAAUUGCGAUCUCAAUUCUUCACACCCAUCACCGCACCUUAGCUGAGGCAAUCUACCCUCACACUAGCAUUGAAUCAACGGAUGCCAAGUCAAACAGCACUGUUUUCGUGAUCCAUGCGCCAGGCUAUCCUCAAAGAAUCACCGUCACGCUCAAGAACUUCAUGGAUGGUCUGUCAAUACUUGAGGAGGGGAGUUUCGGACCGGGUAUGAGGAUGGCCAUGCGUUGGAAGCUGGCGGAUGGUGGGGCCGAGUUUCUUCCCGGCACGCAAUGCCUUGAGGAGAGCGGACACCUCUCCUGUUAUCGCCUCUUGACUCCAAUUCCCGAAUCGUUUACGCACGAGUAUCACUUCAAGACGAUUAUUCUAUGGACUUUGUUGCAUCAAAUGUCGAUCGGCGAACGAGUCAAGGCAAGGAGUGCUGGUGUGGCGCUCACUUGGGGAAAAUCUGGUGACCGCAAGGAGAAGUCAGAGUGA